AUGGCGUUCACGGAGCUCCUGGAGCGAGCUGGGGGCGUGGGCCUCUUCCAGACCCUGCAGGUGCUCACCCUCCUCCUCGCCUCCGUCUUCUUACCCCCCCAAAUGCUCCUGGACAACUUCUCGGCGGCCACCCCGCGCCACCGCUGCUGGGCCCACAUGCUGGACAGCAGCUCCGAGGCCCCCACGAACCUCACCCGGGAGGCCCUCCUGGCCGUGUCCAUCCCGCGGGGCCCCAACCAGGAGCCCCACCCGUGUCGCCGCUUCCGCCACCCACAGUGGCAGCUCCUGGCACCCAACGCCACGGCCGCCAACGGGAGCGAGGCCGCCACGGAGCCGUGCGUGGACGGCUGGGUCUACGACCGCAGCACCUUCACCUCCACCAUCGUGGCCCAGUGGGGCCUGGUGUGCGGCAGGCAGGGCCUGAAGCCCGCGGGCCAGGCUGUCUUCAUGGCCGGGAACCUGCUGGGCUCCUUGGCCUGGGGCCUCCUCUCCAGCUGGUUUGGGCGGAAGUCCAUGCUGAGCUGGUGCUGCCUCCAGGUGGCCCUGGCCAACACCAGUGCCGUCUUUGCCCCCAAUUUCCUCGUCUAUUGUGGCCUCCGGUUUCUGAACGCUUUCGGAUUGGCCGGCAUCAUCCUGACCUCGACGACGCUCCUGGUGGAGUGGACCACGACACGCAGGAGGGCGGUCACCAUGACGACCCUGGGACGCACCUACUCAGGCCAGAUGGUCCUGGGUGGUCUGGCCUUCGCCCUGCGGGACUGGCAAGCCCUCCAUCUGGCCACGUCGACGCCCUUCUUUGCCAUCUUCCUGAUAUCCUUGUGGCUGCCGGAGUCCGCACGAUGGCUCAUUAUCACGGGCAAACCAGGACGCGCGCUCCAGGAACUCAAGAAGGUGGCCAGGAUAAACGGCCACAAGGAAGCCAAAAAGGCCCUGACCAUAGAGGUGCUGCUGUCCUGCACGGAGGAGGAGGUGGCCUCGGCGAAGGCCCGCCAGUCGCUGCUGGACCUGUUCCGCGUGCCCAUUCUCCGCCGGAGAAGCUGCUGUCUGUUAGCGGUGAACUUCUCCCACAUGAUCUCCGACUACGGGCUGGUCUUCGACCUGCAGAGCCUGGGCCGUGACAUCUUCCUCCUCCAGGUGCUCUUCGGAGCCGUGGGCUUCCUGGGCCGGGCCGCCAACGACGUCCAGCUCGGGUUCGGCCGCCGCGUGGUGCUGGCCCGCUCCCAGGCCGCGGGAGGCCUCUCCAUCCUGGCUAACGUGCUGGUCCCACAAGACCGGCAGGCCCUGCGCGCCGCCUUCGCCGUCCUGGGGAAGGGCUGCCUCGGCGUGUGCCUGACCUGCUACUCUGUCUACAAGUCGGAGCUCUUCCCGACCUCCCUGCGGAUGACGGCCGAUGGCUUCCUGCAGUCGGCGGGGCAGCUGGGCGCUGUGAUAGGCCCCCUGAUCACGAUGACCCGCCAGGCUCUGCCGCUGCUGCCCCCCCCCAUCCACGGGGUCAUCCUCAUCGUUUCCAGUUUUGUCCUACCCGUCCUCCCGGAGACUCGGGGCCUCCCUCUCCCCGACACCAGCCAGGACCUGGAGAGCAGUGAGUGA